AUGACCGUGGGCUUCCCGCUCGGAAGCUUCAACCCGGAGGUGGAGGUCGUGCCGCAGCUCAACAACCACGUCAAGAUCCUCAUCGGCUACAACAACAACCCGCUGGGCACGGCUGAGGCCUCCGAGGACGAGGGCCGCAUCGUAGACUUCAAGGUCAUCCCCUACAGCUUCGAGUAUGCGGCCAGGAGCUACGACGAGGAGAACAACCGCAUGGACGCGUGCGAGCACUCGAGCGACCUCAAGCGCCCGCUGUACGUGCGCAAGAACAAGGAGGGCAAGAUGCCCGUCUUCUGGACCUACAGCGUCGAGUGGGUGCUGGACAACGAGCACGACUGGCGCACGCGGUGGGACGUCUACUUCGACGCGGGAUCGGGCGGCGACGAGGUGCACUGGUUCUCCAUCAUCAACGCUCUGGUCAUUGUGCUGUUCCUCAGCGGCAUGGUGGGCAUGAUCCUCAUGCGCAGCCUUCACCGCGAUAUCAGCCGCUACAACCGCGUGCCAACCGAGGAGGAGCGCGCUGAAGAGCGCGAGGAGUCGGGAUGGAAGCUUGUCCACGCCGACGUGUUCCGUCCGCCGUCGAAGCACCCGAUGCUGUUCUGCGUCAUGGUGGGCACGGGCUGCCAGCUGCUGGGCAUGGCGCUCGUCACGCUCUUCUUCGCUGCUGUUGGCGUUUUGGCGCCGUCGAACCGUGGUAAGCUGGUGAUUGCGCUGCUCGUGUGCUUCGUGUUGCUGGGUAUGCUGGCUGGCUACACGUCGGCUCGCACGUACAAGAUGUUCAAGGGCAAGCGCUGGCAGAUGUGCACGGUGUUGACGGCCGUGCUGUUCCCGGGCAUCAUGUUCUCGCUCUUCUUCUUCCUGAACCUGUUCGUGUGGGGCGCUGGCUCAGACGCCGCUGUGCCAUUUGGCUCCAUCCUGCUGGUUUUCUUCCUCUGGACGGGCAUCUCGGUGCCGCUUGUGUUCGCCGGUGCCUACUUCGGCUUCAGGAAAGCGCCUCUUACGUUCCCCGUGGCGACGAGCAACAUCCCGCGGCCCGUGCCUCCUCAGCCGUGGUACAUGAGCCACAUGUCGGCGGCGGCCGUGGGCGGUGUGCUCCCGUUUGGCGCCAUCUUCGUGGAGCUUUUCUUCGUGCUGUCGUCUCUGUGGACGGACAAGUAUUACUACGUGUUCGGCUUCCUGCUGCUGGCCUUCCUUAUCCUUAUCAACACGUGCGCGGAGAUCACGAUCGUGCUCACCUACUUCCAGCUGUGCGCUGAAGACUACAACUGGUGGUGGCGGUCGCUGUUCGUGUCGGGAGCCUGCGGCGGCUACGUGUUCCUCUACUCGACGUACUACUACUGGACGCGCCUGGACGUGUCGAACUUCAUCGGCGCCAUGCUCUACUUCGGCUACAUGGCCGUCAUCUCCGGUGCGCUGUCGCUGCUGACGGGAGCUGUGGGCGUCGGCGCGUCGCUGUGGUUCACGCGCAAGAUCUACGCGUCCAUCAAGGUCGACUAG